AUGAUUGAAAGAUCAGGAUACUGUUCAGAUAAGUACCAACGGUGCACACGAGAUAAGUCAGAGAACGAAUUUUUCGAAUGCUGCCCACAAAAUCUUCAUCCGGUUACUCCUAUUUACGUGAAGAUAAAUUAUGAAAACAAAUAUAUGCAUGUGAACGGUAUAUUAUACUGGUUGAGAGCUCAGACUAUAGCCAUACCCAAUCCACUCAAGAGUUUCACCUAUCAGCUUCUAGAUGAUACAACGGUUCAGUUUAUGUUUGAGGAUCCUGAAGAUUGGAAUUUUGAUUCAUUCUCCUUAUUGGAUAAACGAAUUUGUCAAAGAUCACCACCUGUUGAAGACGGUGCAAAAUGCAAAACUAAAACGUUUCAGUACCCACCAAAUUCAUGGACAAUAUCUGGACUCAGUUAUGAUACACAAUACAUAUAUACGGCUCAAUGUUACCAUAUUGAAGGCAGAUGGAGUGAAGAAAAAAGUAUCACAUUCAACACUGGAAGGGACAUUCCGGUUUAUG